UCUCGCGGGAUCUCUCGGGAGGACGGAUGGGGUUAGGUCCCAUCAUGGCGGCUGAAGAGGCGGAUGUGGAUAUCGAAGGGGACGUGGUGCCAGCCGCGGCACAGCCAGGAAGUGAUGAAAGUACAGCAUCUGUUUUACAAGAUCACUAUCUUGAUUCAUCAUGGAGAACUGAGAAUGGUCUUAUUCCUUGGACUCUGGAUAGCACCAUCAGUGAAGAGAACAGAGCUGUCAUUGAGAAGAUGUUGUUGGAAGAAGAGUAUUACUUAUCUAAAAAAUCACUUCCAGAAAAAUUCUGGCUCGAUCAAAAGGAAGAUGAUAAAAAAUACAUGAAGAGUCUACAGAAAACAGCAAAAAUCAUGGCACACUCUCCUACAAAACCAGCCAGUUACUCAGUAAAGUGGACGAUAGAAGAAAAAGAGCUGUUUGAACAAGGGCUGGCUAAAUUUGGCCGAAGGUGGACCAAAAUUGCAAAGCUAAUUGGAAGUCGCACUGUUUUACAAGUUAAGAGUUAUGCCAGGCAGUAUUUUAAAAAUAAGGUAAAAUUAGAUGGUCCAGAGAGGGAAAUACCUAAUCAGAAGAGCGGCAGUGAUCUUCAGACUAAAAAUGAAGAUGAAGGCACAAAGGCAUGGAUACCAUCAAGUUUAAGGGGACGUGCUGAUCCCAACUUGAAUGCUAUAAAAAUUGAAAAGUUAUCUGAUGAUGAAGAAGUAGACAUCACAGAUGAAGCAGAUGAGUUGACUUCUCAAGAUCCUCAAAAGAAUCCUAGCAAUGAUGUCUUAUUAAACAUUUCUAAUAGUAAAAGUCAUGAAACCAGUCAAGGGGAAUUUAUUGCUUACAAUCAGGUAUCAGAAUCUUCCAAGGAAUAUUUUCAGAAUAUAAAGCAAGGCGAGAUGGAAGCACUUUCAAGUUCAGGAAGUAAAUUUUGGACUGAAAAACAGAGCAUUAGUGACAAAAAAUCAGUUGAAUUAAAUGAUCAGAAAUGUAAUAAACUGAUGAAAAUCUCUGAAAAACAUGAUGGAAAUGGAAUAAUAGAUGAUGCCAGGCCAUUGCCUUCUCCAGAGCCUUGUGAAAUUCAGAAAGACUUGUGUGAUAAUGAAAUGCUUUUUUAUUCUUCCUGUCAAAUGGAAGAGGAGAGCCAUGAGGAAGAAGAGCUUAAGCCACCAGAACAAGAAGUAGAAAUAGAUAGAAAUACCAUUCAAGAAGAAGAAAAACAAGCAAUUCCUGAGUUUUUUGAGGGGCGGCAAGCUAAAACACCAGAACGCUAUUUGAAAAUUAGAAAUUACAUUUUGGAUCAGUGGGAGAUAUGCAAACCGAAAUACUUAAAUAAGACCUCAGUACGUCCUGGCCUGAAGAACUGUGGGGAUGUUAAUUGUAUUGGACGGAUUCAUACAUACCUCGAGUUGAUAGGAGCAAUCAAUUUUGGAUGUGAACAGGCUGUAUACAACAGGCCACCACCGGUUGACAAAGUACGAGUCAGAGACCGAAAAGAUACAGUGGAAGCAUACCAGCUUGCACAGCGUCUGCAGUCUGUGCGCACAAGGAGACGUAGGGUCCGAGACCCAUGGGGAAAUUGGUGUGAUGCAAAAGACUUAGAAGGACAAACUUUUGAGCAUCUCUCUGCUGAGGAAUUGGCAAGAAAAAAAGAGGAAAAAUGUAAACCUGUUAAAUCCUCAAAAGUACCAAGACCAACAAAAAGCUCAUUUGAUCCCUUCCAACUGAUACCUUGUAAUUUUUUCAGUGAAGAAAAGCAGGAGCCAUUUCAGGUGAAAGUGGCUUCAGAAGCACUUUUAAUAAUGGAUUUGCAUGCUCAUGUUUCUAUGGCAGAAGUGAUUGGUCUGCUAGGAGGAAGAUACUCAGAAGUUGAUAAAAUAGUUGAAGUCUGUGCAGCAGAGCCCUGUAACAGUCUGAGUACAGGACUACAGUGUGAGAUGGAUCCUGUCUCGCAAACACAGGCCUCAGAGACCUUGGCUGUGAGAGGCUAUAGUGUUAUUGGAUGGUAUCAUUCCCAUCCUGCCUUUGAUCCAAAUCCUUCCUUACGAGAUAUUGACACUCAAGCCAAAUACCAGAGUUACUUCUCCAGAGGCGGUGCAAAAUUCAUUGGAAUGAUCGUUAGUCCUUAUAAUCAAAACAAUCCUUUACCUUAUUCCCAGAUUACCUGCCUGGUUAUAAGUGACGAAAUUAGCUCAGAUGGCUCUUACCGGUUACCUUACAAAUUUGAAGUACAGCAGAUGCUGGAAGAACCUCAGUGGGGAUUAGUGUUUGAAAAGACAAGAUGGAUAAUAGAAAAAUAUCGGCUCUCCCAUAGCAGUGUCCCUAUGGAUAAAAUCUUUCGCCGGGAUUCUGACCUGACUUGUUUGCAGAAAGUGCCCACAUUCCUGUCACUGCCAACUUGGGCUACUUAGGGUAGUCAGAGCCAGGACCUUGGAGAAGCACAGAAGUCUGGAACUGAGAGGCAGUGUAACAUGGGAGGUUCAGGAGGCAGAGACCCAAAGAAAAACCUACCUUUGAUAAUGUUUACAGGAGUGGAGACAGGACCUGGAUGCAUCCAGAUCUCUUAAUCCUGAUUUGAUUCUUAAGAUUGCACAAUGAUAAUAAAAUAAUAAACUUAAUUUUUUUUUUUCUUUUCCUGCUUGGCUGGUGGAAUUUUACAUUAGUACUUCUCUGAUAUCAAACUUAGCUCUUUUAAAAAUCUAAUCCCAAAGUAACAUUCAAAAAAGAAAAACCAGUGAAUAAAAUCAUCAAGAUCAGACUGUCCUUACCCCUUCAGUAUUUUAUUCUUGAACUAUUUCCAAAGCCACAUUAGGUAGGACUUAGACACUUUUGCCGCCUUUGUCUUCCUCCAGAAAAAAUUAAAAAUUAAUUCAUUACAACUGCAUUUGUAUAAAAUGAGUCUAAUAUUGUACAUUAACAUGUCCUCAACCUAAAAGAUUGUUUUUUUCCUUCUGAAUUUAAAAAAAAUGAAAACAUUUUUAUUGGCCUUAAAAGUACUGGUGACCGCCUGCCUGGUAUCUAGUGGUGGCCCUGCCUGUAUUCUGAAGGGUAGCUCUGGAAAGCCGGCAGUCAUGACCUUGUUGAGCUCUAGACUUAGAGAAUUUAGGAGUGUUGCUUAGAAGUAAUCAUCAUCACGAAGAAGAUAGGAGGCAGUGAUUAGUUUUAGCUUUCAGGUAGAUAUUUUUGUUCUGACCUGUAAUUUAUAGUUUUGAAACUCAUGCCACAUAUACUACCACUCCUUUUCUUUCUUCAUUUCCCUCAAGCCCCACUCCCCGUUUUUCCCCCACUCCCUCUACUUACCUCUCAGAAUACAGGUACAGGAUGGCUCAUUGAGCAUUUGGUGACAGCAAGGCCGGAAGGAUAGAGUUGAACAGAUCCAUUCGUAUUUCAUGGAAGCUGAUUAGUGCUGCCCCAGCCUUCUCUCCAAAACUCACUUCCCCCACAGGAGUGGGGUGAGGUCGGUGAUGUGGGCACUGAGCAGGGUCAGAACCUCUGCAGCUGUCUGGGAAGCAGGGCGGUGGCUGCCUCGACAAGCCAGCCUGAGCAGGCCUCCUGCUCUUCGGUUUGCCCUGUUUGUCUUGCUGGGGCCUGAUGAGGUGCCUGGAGGACUUGGGGGAAGUGCUGUAGGCAGGAUGCUCCAGACUGAUUCUUCGCACAGGGACAAGGGGACCUGUGGACACCUGACCACCCGACAUACAGCUCCCUAGCCUCGGGUCAUCAACAGGCAUUCAGUGGAUGAGUUUCUUAGUAGGAAUUAAGUAAGGGUACCCCAAUUUUGAAUUUUUUCACCUACACGGCCCUCUACCAAUAACAAGACACUGUAAGUCCAGAUUCCUACAUCGUGGCAUUUGGGAAAACUUAACUUCACCCAAGCACAAAGGAAAAAGCACAUUUUUAUCAUCAUCUCUAUCAGGAUUAAUACAGUUUUAACAAACUUGAUCAGUAUUCCCAGCUUACCAGCAGUUAAGAAUUUUCUUACAGAUUAAUAUCCUAUUUUGCAAUAUUUCCAGAAAAUCACUGUGGAGGAUAAUGUCAUAUACUUUUAACUUACUCAAAUCCUGACCUUUUCUCAAAUGGUUUUAUGUGUGCUGUUCUUUAAAACUCUCUUUUCUCUGUUUUGACAUUUGCCCUGUAAUUUGUGCUUUCCAGCAUUUUCUGAAUCUUGUAGGCUACCUUAAAUUCUUUCUGGAACAAGGCAGAGAAUAAAUAUGUUAACCCCCUAAAUCAGGAGAAAAUAAAAAUUUCCCAGAUAAGCUGUGAUUAUACUAGAUGCUGUAUACCAAACUAAAUUCGAGAAGGUAAAAUUAACUCAUGGUAUCUGGGUUGUUUGUAUUUUCUUCUUUUGAAUAUAUUUAUGAAUAUAUUCAUAAGAACUUUAAUUUCAGGGAAAAAUGCCUUAUGUGCUAUCUUUGAGGUUUCCUAGAGUAGUCUCUUAGGCUUUAAGAGGAAUGUUAAAUAUGAUUUCAUAGAUUGUACUCCUGUUUCAUAGUUUUGCCAUAGAACAUUUGUUUUGAGCUAUGAAUUAUAAAAUAGUAUUUAGAAUCCAGCAUGAUUAAAUAGACUGGUCAUAGAUCUUUAAAUUUAUGGAUUUAAUAUGUAAAUUGUAAAUUGUGUAUUAUGUAUAAGUAUCAUAUAAGUUUACUAUGAUUAUUGAUAAACCUGUUGCGCUGCUGUUUUCCCCAAAUGUUAUUAGUGUUUAUGGAUUUCUUUUAUUACUUUGAAUUUUGGAAUGUUCUGUAAUGGAAUAUAAUGACUUAAACUAUUUUGUACAUUUAAAUAUGACACCACAUUGUCAAAUCUGUAUUAAAGAAUAUUGUAAAUAUUAAUGUUUAUACAGCUUUGAAACCUUUUCCUUGAAAUGGUUGAACUCUUCUCCCUGUACUAAACAAUGACAUAAAAUAUCUGAUUUUAAGCUUUGAGAUUUUAGCUUGUGGUAACAAUUAAAAGAAAACAUUCUGAAGAUUCUAUAUAAAUAAAAUUUUGGAAAAAAA